GACAGGUGUCCAGAGUCCACCUGAGCUUCUUCUUCUUCUUCGUGUCUGUGCGUCACUGACACUCACACUGCUCUGUUUGCUCUCUGCUGCUCUGUGUUUCUUAUUUUCCUCCAUAAUUCAAACUGUGUCUUUAUUUACUCCCUGCUCAGCUGUUUCUCCUCCUCCUGCUCCUCCUGCUCCUCCUCCUCCUCCUCCUGCUGCAGCUGCGGCCUCGACAUGAAGUUCAGACUCUUCACAACUUCCUGCACCAAACUUUGCUGUCGGCAGUGAGCAUCACUCUGAGGAGACCUCCUGUCCCACCUGCCGGAGCCACAGAUCGAUCAUGGGAGCUGAUCGACCCCCACAGGAGUAACAGGAGUAACAGGAGGAGGACCACACCGCAGGUUCAGUUCCAGGAGCAGAGAUGGAGUGUGUGAGGAGUUUGACUCUGCUCCUUCUGUUCGUGGUGAGGGGGCACAGUGACUUUGUGGAGCCUCCUCAGCCCGACACCUCCCUGCGCUCGCUGGCAGAGAGUCAGACCAGGCUUCCCUGCCGCUACCAGGCGGAGGAGGGGGAGAAGGUGGUGCAGGUCACCUGGCACAAGGAGCUCAAGGACGGCAGCAAGGACCAGAUCAUCACGGCCCACUUCGCUGAGGGCCACACAGAGUUCGGGCGUUACUCCGGUCGGGUGAAGUUCGAGAGCAGCAGCCCCACAGAAAACUCGGCUCUGCUCAUCCCCAACACAGAGGAGUCGGACGAGGGCAGCUACAUCUGCCACAUCUCCACCUUCCCCAACGGAAACUUUGAGAGGCGCAUCACGGUGACCGUCUGGAGUAAGACUCAUCCUCCUCUUCCUCUCUCUUCUUCUGCACACUUUUCUAAUCCCAGCUGCUGCU